UUCUGAAAAAAGAAAGAAACGCAAAUACUGCUGUGGUACUACAUCUGGAAUUCACAGACUCGUGCGCUUUUGAAUCUAUAGUGGGAUCAUCGCAAAACGCAAGCCAGUGUUUUCUUCCUGCGCGCGCUCUUUUCUCUCUGUAUUGAAGGAUUUCUCCCUCUCUCUCUUUUACCUGCGGACCCCAAAAUGCUGGCCAUCCUGUUAUCAACGCUAGUCUUGCAUCUGAUAGAUUUGAUUAUUCUCUUCGUUGCCACGUGUGCUAAUGCGUGGAAAACAAAGGGAUCUGAAAGUUUUGACCUCUGGUAUAACUGCAAACAAACCAAUGGAGGGUGCGAAGCAACAAAUGAUGCAGAUUGGCUGCAAGCAGUACAAGCCCUCAUGGUCCUAGCCACCAUCUUCUGCUUGACCUCCUUCAUCAUCUUCCUCUGCCAGCUCUUCACCCUUGUAAAGGGAGGACGCUUCUUCUUCACGGCUGUCUUCCAGAUCCUUGCCAGCCUGUUUGUGAUGAGCGGUGCCAUCAUCUACACAGUGAUGAGCGAGAAAAAAGGUGAUGAGAGUUGGGGAUACGCCUUUGUUCUGGCCUGGCUGGCCUUCCCUCUUACGCUCAUCAGUGGCUUCAUUUACAUCGUCCUGAGGAAGAAAGAAUGAAAAUUCACCCCUUUUCCUGGAACUGAACACUACUCAGCCUAUAGACUUUAUAGCUGUCCCCUCCAGGCAUGAGUAUUUAGACCUAAUGUGAUCAAAGAAAGUGACAAUCAAUGAAGAUUCAAUACUGCCAAGACAUUGUUUGCGUGACACAGAUCUGUGUCUUUGGUUGGUGAGCCUAUUUAUAUCAGUUUUCCAUAGCUUUUUUGUAAAUAGUAAUGCAAUGACAUUUCAAUGAAGGCCCUGAUUUUUCAAAGAUUUUACUGGAGGAGGAAAGAUAUAAGAAAAGUAUAAAUCUUUUUUUUUAUAUAGUGUGUUUUAACCCUUUUCAAAUAUAUUGUUUUUUAAAUGUAAUAAAGUGUGUAUUCUUAAAGGGAUCUUGUUGAUGUUGACUUGAAGUUGCUUUUUAUAGCCAUACGAAGCAUAUCCAUUAAAGAAAGAGUUUGUGUUGUGUUCGAAUUAUCGGAAAUGGUGCUAUGUAUUUACCAUUGCUGAACUUUAUAGUUAGACUCUUUUUGUACAAAAUAUUUUACAAUGUGUAUUUUACAUGUGGUUAUAUCACUUUAUGAGACGUCUUUUUGUAUUUUUUUGUUUUAAGGAAAAAUAAAACAUCUAAUUUUU